AUGAUGACGUUGCGGACUUAUGAUCGUAUCUGGCCAACAAACAAGCCUAAAGUUUACAACUACGAUCCGGGGUUUAGUGACUACCAACACAACCCAAUCCAGAUACUAAUCAUCGUCACUAAAAGCGGUUGUAGCGACCUUCUGGGUUGUAACUGGUUCGACCCACUAGGCAUCAGUAUCAAGGGCAUACAUUCAGUGGGCAGUGACGUACAGAUCGCAGGCAUUCUGAAUAAGUUCGAACACUUAUUCUCAACAGAACUUGGUUGUUACACUGGUCCGCCAGUCAUAUUAAACAUUGAUGCUACAGUGCCACCAGUGCGACUACCUCCACGCCGAAUUCCAUAUGCUCUAAAGGGACUAGUCGAAGAGGAGCUGGAUCGCCAAUGCAAGCAAGGGAUUCUUAAACCUGUGGAGUAUUCAGAUUGGGCCACUCCUAUUGUACCAGUUAUCAAGAAGGACGGUUCAAUUCGUAUUUGCGGCGACUAUAAAUCAACUUUAAACAAAGCGGUUAAGCCGCACUGCCAUCAAAUACCGGCGAUCAACACUUUGCUGGCAUCUAUGGAAGCUGAGCGAAAUUAUGCUCAGAUUGAUCGAGAAGCUAUUGCUUUGGUAGCAGGAGUAAAGAAGUUCCACAACUACGUCUACGGUCUUACUUUCACACUAAUCACCGAUCAUCGACCUCUGUUGGGUAUUUUUACCACAUCGAAAGCAAUCCCAAACAUUAUUUCAAAUCAGAUGCUACGUCGAUCUUUGUUCCUGUCAGCAUAUACUUUCGAGCUAGUACACCGCUCCGGAUUAAAAAUGGGCAAUGCGGAUUUUCUAAGUCGUUGUCCACUGUCAGCAGCAUCGGACGCUGUUAGCACCGACGAUGUGCUAAUGAUCGAAUUAGCAGCAACGCCAAUCAUAAGUGCUGAGGCGAUGGCCGCAAAAAACAUCGAAGGACCCCUUAUUGGCGAAAGUAUCAAACUGGGUGUUAAGGGGAUGGCCUGA